AUGGCCCCUCCGCCGCAAUCCCUUCCUUUCAACAAACGAACCGUUACCACCCUUUUUCUCGCCUUUGCCCUCAUCAUCUUAUUUUACCUCACCGUUCGCCCUCCAGCUCCACCUAAACCUAAUUUCCCGGUCCCCACAUCCAGUUCCUCUGAUGCCGCCGCUACCCUCUCUUCUCCACCUAUCCAUGACGCCCCUGUUGCGCCAGAAAUCCUCACAGGGGACGUCAUUUCAUCAAAAAUCGAGAACGCAACUGCGAAAGCGGAGCUAGGCAGGGCAGCAUGGAAGGUCAUGCACACCAUGAUGGCCAAGUUUCCCGAUAAGCCGAGUAAGGAGGAGCAGACCGCCUUGGUCUCGUACAUUCACCUUUUUGCGAGGCUGUAUCCAUGUGGCGAGUGCGCAAGCCACUUUCAGAAGAUCUUAGCCAAGUUUCCACCCCAGGUUUCGACAAGGAGCAAUGCUGCGGCAUGGGCUUGUCAUGUGCAUAAUGUGGUCAACAGGAGUCUGGAGAAGGAGGAGUUUGAUUGUUCCAAUAUUGGCGACUUCUACGAUUGUGGCUGCGCCGAUGAUGAUGACAAAGGCGCAAAGAAGAAAGAGAUAGAUGCAGGGAACGAAAAGCAAAGCGGCAAGAUUGAUGUGACAGUGGAAAGGAACGGGUGA